GCUGCGCUGCGGUGCGGUGUCGGGCCGGCGGCGCAGUGCAGGAGCCGGAGCCGGGCCGGCAGCGGGGCUCGGCCGGGAGCAGCGCGCAGGCAGCACCGCCGCUUCGCUGCCGUCUGGCGGAGCGGGGCCAAGCGAAACGGCCGGCGGGAAACGCCGCGCCCCCUCGCUGCUUCUGUUCCCCCGCGUCCCCCUGAGCCGCUCCCCGCCCGGGUCCCGCGGGUGCAGCAUGAAGUGCGGCGAUGGCCCGGAGAGGUAAGACGGCGGUGAGGACGCUGGAAGACCUGACGCUGGACUCCGGGUAUGGUGGUGCGGCGGACUCGGUGCGCUCCUCCAACUUGUCGCUGUGCUGCUCGGAUUCGCACCCCGCGUACCCCUAUGGAGGAAGCUGCUGGCCGCACCUAACUGACUCCAUGCACAGUCGGCACAACAGCUUCGACACCGUCAACACCGUCCUAGCGGAAGACUCCGAGGUGCUGGACUGCGCGGGGCAGCAGUGCUCCCGGCUCCUGCCCGACCUUGAGGAGGUCCCCUGGAGCCUGGAGGAGGUGGAGGCACUGCUGCUGCCGCCGCCGCCGCGCCGGGAGCCGCGGGCGCCGGUCGCCGCCAGCCCCGGGAGCCGGGAUGCGGCGGCGCGGCUCUCGACGCUGGUGAGCCGGGCGCUGGUGCGCAUCGCUCGGGAGGCGCAGCGACUGAGCCUCCGCUUCGCCAAGUGCACCAAGCACGAGGUGCGGAGCGCCAUGGAGAUCGUCCUGGGCUGGACGCUGGCGGCCCGCUGCACGGCAGCCGCCCUCGGCGCCCUGUCCCUAUACAACAUGAGCGGCAGCGGCGGCGACCGCUUCAGCCGCGGAAAGUCGGCCCGGUGCGGACUGGCCUUCUCCGUGGGCAAGUUCUACCGCUGGAUGGUGGACAGCCGCGUGGCCCUGCGCAUCCACGAGCACGCCGCCAUCUACCUCACCGCCGGCACCGAGAGCCUCUUCCGCGACAUCCACGCGCGGGUGCUGGCCGGCCCCGCCGCCCCGCUCCCGCCGCCCGGCCGCCCCCCGGCCGCCGCCGCCGCCGCCCCGGCCGAGAAGGAGAAGGAGGGCGGCGAGGCGCCCCGCUUCACCCUGGAGGCGCUGGAACAGACGGUCAACAACGACCCCGAGCUCUGGGGCUUGCUGCAGCCCUACCAGCACCUCAUCUGCGGAAAGAACGCCAGCGGUGUUCUGUGCCUGCCAGACAGCUUGAACCUUCACAAGGAUCAGCAAAGGUCAAACAAGCCCGGGGAGGUGCAGAUGUUCAGCCAGUCAGAGCUGAGGACCAUCGAGCAGUCUCUACUUGCCACACGUGUGGGGAGCAUCGCUGAACUCAGUGACCUGGUGUCUCGGGCGAUGCACCACCUGCAGCCCCUGAAUGCCAAGCAGCACGGCAACGGGACGCCGAUGCACCAGAAGCAGGGAUCCUUCUACUGGGAGCCGGAGGCCCUCUACACCCUUUGCUACUUCAUGCACUGUCCACAGAUGGAGUGGGAAAACCCCAACGUGGAGCCUUCCAAAGUCACGCUGCAGACUGAGAGGCCGUUCAUCGUGCUGCCUCCGCUGAUGGAGUGGAUUCGGGUGGCGGUGGCUCACGCGGGGCACCGGCGCAGUUUCUCGGUGGACAGCGAUGACGUACGGCAGGCGGCCAGGCUCCUGCUGCCGGGAGUUGACUGCGAGCCUCGACAGUUAAAGAUUGACGACUGUUUCUGUGCCUCUCGGAAGCUGGAUGCAGUUGCCACCGAGGCCAAGUUCAAGCAAGACCUGGGUUUUCGGAUGCUCAACUGCGGCCGGACGGAUCUGGUUAAGCAAGCCAUAUCCUUGCUGGGGCCGGAUGGGAUCAACAGCAUGAGCGAGCAGGGCAUGACUCCACUGAUGUAUGCUUGUGUCAGGGGUGAUGAGGCUAUGGUGCAGAUGCUGCUAGAUGCUGGAGCAGAUCUGAAUGCUGAGGUUGUCAGUACUGCUCAUAAAUACCCAUCCGUCCACCCUGAGACCCGCCAUUGGACAGCUCUGACAUUUGCUGUGUUGCAUGGACAUAUUCCUGUAGUUCAGCUAUUGCUGGAUGCUGGAGCAAAGGUAGAAGGUUCCUUAGAGCAUGGAGAGGAAAAUUACUCUGAAACUCCUUUACAGCUCGCAGCAGCUGCUGGAAAUUUUGAACUGGUGAGUUUGCUGUUGGAGCGAGGAGCUGACCCCAUGAUAGGAACAAUGUACAGGAAUGGCAUUUCCAUGACUCCACAAGGUGACAUGAACUCUUUCAGUCAGGCUGCUGCACAUGGACACAGGAAUGUUUUCCGCAAGCUGCUUGCUCAGCCAGAGAAGGAGAAGAGCGAUAUCCUGUCCCUGGAGGAGAUCCUGGCCGAGGGCACGGACUUGCCCGACUCGGCGGCAGCUCCUCUCUGUGCCAGCCGCAACAGCAAGGCCAAGCUGAAGGCCCUGAAGGAGGCCAUGUACCACAGUGCCGAGCACGGCUACGUGGACGUCACCAUCGACAUCCGGAGCAUAGGUGUUCCCUGGACGCUGCACACGUGGCUGGAGUCCCUGCGCACGUCCUUCCAGCAGCACCGACGGCCCCUCAUCCAGUGCUUGCUAAAGGAGUUCAAGUCCAUUCAGGAAGAGGAGUACACCGAGGAGCUUAUCACACAAGGAUUGCCUCUGAUGUUUGAGAUACUGAAGGCCAGCAAGUUCCGAGUCAGCCGGACCCAGGUUAUCCACACAUGUACAUCCUGCAUUCUGCGCGUCAGAUACGAGCGCCAGAACGAGGUGAUCAGCCAGCAGCUCUCUGUCAUUUUCACUCAUUGCUAUGGACCCUACCCAAUUCCAAAGCUCGUGGAAAUUAAGCGCAAGCAGACCUCCCGCCUGGAUCCCCAUUUUCUUAACAAUAAAGAGAUGUCAGAUGUCACAUUUCUGGUGGAAGGAAGACCCUUUUAUGCACAUCGAGUGUUGCUAUUUACUGCAUCACCAAGGUUUAAAGCACUGCUGUCUAGCAAGCCCUCAUCUGAUAGUACUUGUAUUGAGAUCAACUAUGUGAAGUACCCCAUCUUUCAGCUGGUUAUGCAGUAUCUUUAUUAUGGAGGUGCAGAGUCACUCCUGAUUAAAAACAAUGAAAUUAUGGAGCUUCUCUCUGCUGCUAAAUUUUUCCAGCUUGAAGCUUUACAACGACACUGUGAGAUCAUUUGUGCAAAAAGCAUUAAUACAGAAAACUGCGUGGAUAUUUAUAAUCAUGCCAAGUUCCUCGGCGUCACAGAACUAUCUGCCUAUUGUGAAGGCUACUUUCUAAAAAAUAUGAUGGUCCUCAUUGAAAACGAAGCUUUCAAGCAGUUGUUGUAUGACAAGAAUGGAGAAACAUCUGGUCAGAAUGUACUAGAGGACUUACAGAGGACGUUGGCCACAAGGAUUCAGUCAAUUCAUUUGUCUUCUUCAAAGGGCUCCGUUGUGUAAAGCCGAGGAAGAUGGUAACCCUCUAAUCAAGGACCCUGCAAGUUAAGUCUGCUGUUGCAGUUGCUUAAAUGACUACAAAAAAAGAAAAUGUAAAAAAUUCUACGUCGCAUCCAAAUAGUUCUGUUUCGGCCAAAGGUGCUGCACUGGGGCUGCAUCCCCACCUGGAUGAGAGAAUACAGAAAACAAAGUUCCUCCCUGGUUUUGAGCAAGCUGGGUACCAGAGUAUCUGGUGAAUUGCUCUUGUACUCACAUUCUGAACACGAGCCUGUUUGGUGAGCUUGAUGCCAACAAAAGCCAGAAGUCACAUCAGUGAACAGCAGAAGUCCCUGCCUGAAGGGUAGUGCUGGGGAACACCUGAAUUUACCAAUUAAUCAUUUAAGUCAGAUUUGUUCCAGUGUUACACAGUUAAGAACUAUAUCUAUCCCAGAGUCCAUUAUCUCAUGCAUUUAAGAAAUGUAAGAACUGUUAUUGCUAUCCAGCAAAGAUCAGCUGUAUUAGAGAGUGGGUAAGACUGUUGAGGAAAUAUACUGGCAGAUUUUUAGGGGUGGGAACUUUUUAAACUGUUCAUAAAAAAUAAUGGGGUGGCCUUGUUGUUUAAAACCUAUUUCUUAAGCUUAAAAUUUCAUUUUCAACAGAGUUGUGUUUGAGAAUCUAUGUAACAUGUUUUGGUUUUUUAAAUGGUAAAAUGUACAUUGUGUAAACACACAUAUGAUCAAGUUUUGCUUGUAUUCUUUCCUAGGGUGGUAUAAUCUUGCCUGAGAGGCUAUGGUUACACCAAAGAGGCACAUUACCCAGACUGUCUCUAAUACAGUAGUUGAGGGGGCAGGAGAACUGCAUGCUACUCGUGAUUUGGGGUUGAAAUCAAUGACAGACUCAACAAACAUGCGUUUGCAUGGUAACUGUACCUGUGAAAUGUUGUGCUUCGUUUCGCCAAGACAAAUGCAAUGUUACUUCUUGUCAAACUUCAUUUGUGAAAUCAGCUUAUUUUUUUAUCUGGUGCGAUUGGCUGCGAUACGAUACCCCUGGAGCUCCUUCUCGAGGUGCUGAUUUCCAUUUGUUGCAGUGGAGAGAUAAUAACAGAUCUUCACUUUAGUGAUGUGUGGAUAUUUUGCUACUAGCCAGAGAUUGUGUCUGAGUUAGACUUUUUAAAAUCAUAAUUAAAUAUGUACUAUAGAA